CGCUCGAGCACCCCGCUAUGACGUCAUCGAAUGGUUCGAUUCGGGGCGGUGCCAUGGGACUGUGACGUGGUCAUGACGUCACAAAGGGAGGAUUAUAUUAAAGAGGCUACACACAGCACGAGCUUUCUUUCUUAUUACAGCUGAUUUCUUACUACAGUCUCACUGCAGAACGACGGACUAAACGAUGGAGAAGUUUUAUUAUUUUCUGCCAUCAGUGCUUAAAAACUGGCUAACAAAGCCAGACAGUGAUGAAGAGGAAGAAGUUGCGUCUGGAGCAACAGAAGAGGAAGAAGUUGUGGUUGGACCAACGGAACAGAAAGAGGAAGAAGUUGCGUCCAGAGCAACGGAAGAGGAAGUAGUGGCGUCCAGAGCAACGGAAGAGGAAGAAGAAGAAGUUGUGUCCGGAGCAACGAAAGAGGAAGAGGAAGAAGUUGUGUCCGGAACAACAGAAGAGGAAAAUGUUGUGUCCAGAGCAACGGAUCAGGAAGAAAUUGUGUCCGGAGCAACGGAUCAGGAAGAAAUUGUGGCCGGAGCAACGGAUCAGGAAGAAAUUGUGGCCGGAGCAACGGAGCAAGAAAAAGCUGUGGUCCAAAUAACAAAACAGGUAGAAGUUGUGAGAGACUUCCAAGAGAACAUCUCUGAUAAAAUCCAGCUAGUGAACCUCUUUUGGAAACAGAGAAAAACUCGUUUGAAAGGGCAGCUCCUUGCCAGGAAGCUCUACCACCAGGAGGAGUUCAGAUGUCCGGAGAUAAUCCGGCAGCUGAGUGAGGAUCUGGAAUUAGCCGAGGUAACAGUGAAGGCGUACGUGACGUACUUUAAGUUUGGGUUGAUGUCUCUGACCGAGGCUCUCCGAUCAUUCCUCAAAGUGCUUUGGCCAGAGGAUGAACUUGAGAUUCAGCAUCUACUUAUAACACACUUCUCUCGUCGGUACGUUACGUAUACUGGACGUCCGCUCAGCUUCCAGCCUGCAGUGUACAACCUGAGCUGGGCCAUGAUCAUACUGAAUGCUGAUCUUAAUGGUGGUCACAAAGGGAGGAAAAUGACUUGUGAAGAAUUUAUAGCCAACCUGAAUAGUGUGAUUAGCGACUUUCAGUAUCCUCUGAAACUCCUGAAGAAAACAUACAAGUUGAUCAAAAUGAAGCCGCUGAAAGCUUUCAGAGUAAAAACUAGAUCUCAGGCCACAGACAAAAGGGAAACAUCGAUACCAGAGGAUUCUGGCUGUAGCUCAUCAUUUGGGACUGACAACAACCCUACCACUACUGUCCACAAAACAGGAAAUCUCAUCUGCAAAAGAGUUACAGAUGAGAAUGGGAGAAAAAACAGAAAGUGCCAGAGAGCAUGGAAGCCGUUUACUGCAGUUCUAAAAGGCAUGGUUCUGCAUUUACAAAAAGACACAUCUGACUUGUGCGAGGCAGACAGCAAGAAUGCCAUUAGACUGCAUCAUGCCAUGGCAUACCCUGUAGAUUACAAAAAGAGGCCCCAUGUGCUGUGCCUCAAGACCGCAGACUCCAGACUCUUCUACUUCCAGGCUGAGAGUGAAGUAGAGCAGACAUCAUGGGUUGCGAUCAUUAACCGCAUCGCUGCCCGUUACUCUGCUCCUCCACUCACUUCUGCUUCACACAACAUGGAGGCACAUCACCCUCAGGUCCUACCUUCAUUCCCCACCACUCUGUCUCUAGAGCAGCAGCUCGAGUACCACAAGGACCAGUUACAGAGGGUUUCAGAACAUAUAGGUUACUAUCUGACAUUGCCUCUUUGGGAUGGUACUUUACCUUUAGAUUAUAUGAAGCAGGAGGUGAAGCGCUACACAACGUAUGUGAGAGCGUUACAGGAGCUUGUGUGCAGAAGAUGA